UUUUAAUAAACUCGCAACGAGCUGAUAAAUAAUCUCACAUCGAACCUCUCGUCGGCCCACCCCCAAAAUCAAACAAAUUAGGGUUAGGGUUCUCAUCUCUCAGCCGCCGAUUCACGAUGACAGGCAAAGCGAAGCCGAAGAAGCACACGGCGAAGGAGCUCCAGGCGAAAGCCGAUGCAGCGUUGACCAACAGAGGAGGAGGAAAGGCCGGGCUCGCCGACAGGACCGGGAAGGAGAAAGGAGGGCACGCCAAGUACGAGUGUCCUCACUGCAAGAUCACGGCGCCGGAUCUGAAGACGAUGCAGAUCCAUCACGAGUCGAAGCAUCCCAAAUUGCCUUACGAGGAGCCGAAGAAUCUCCACGAGGCUCUUGCUGCUCCUGCCGAAUCGUCCAAACCUAAACCUGGAAUCAGAGGAAGCCUCAAGAAGUGAUCAUGAUGUGAUUGUUUUCUAUCGAAUUCUCCCUUUUUAUAAUAUAAAGUUUAUCAUCUUUUAUGAUGGGGUUUUCUUCAAGUUGUUGCUCUGAUAAAGUAUGAAAAAACUGCAAUGAUGUUUUGCUAUUAUAUAAAAGAAAAUGGUAUCUAUUAUAAA